CGCGGUUGGCGGAUAACAUACAGGAUCGGGGGUGGAUUUUAACACAGUAGAUAGUGAGCGCAUCAAACGAACAAAUGGUUCCAACUGCAAACACAAUGAUGACCUCAUCUGCUGCAUUUUCAAUUUGCAGAAGCAUUUCUCCGUCUUCUUCCUCUCCCACCACUUCACCUACUGGCGUUCGACCUCGGUUCUUUCGGUUCCCAAAUCAUACUACCUCCAUUGCUUCUCCUUUACUUUUUGCUGCCAUUUAUUCCCCUAUUUUGACAAAGCUUCCGACAACGAGAAAGCUACGCUCUUUUGUUGCAGCAGCCGAAGACGAAACCCUGGUUCCAGAGGCUGAACAGCAAGCAGAUGAAGCAGCGUCCUCUACUCCUCCGCCGCCAGCAGCCACCACCGAUCAGACUGUCUCUGUUACCGUCUCGCCUUCUGAUAUCCUUACCAUGUUCUUUCAGGCUGAAGGAACAAUGAACGAGACAGCGAUUCCAACAGUUACAAAAGCAUUAGAGGAAACAGAGGGCGUUGCAGACCUAAAAGUGCAAGUUCUUGAAGGUAUUGCAAGUGUAGAGUUGACAAAGCAAACAACUGUGCAAGCUACAGGUGUGGCUUCAAAUUUGGUUGAGGUGAUACAAAGUAAAGGCUUCAAGUUACAGACAUUAAAUUUGAGCUUCCAGGAUGAAGAAGACUUCAGCUAGAUAAAUGCGAUAAAGUUGGAAGAAAGGGCCUAUAUUCAGUGCCAGUGGGGUGCGUUUGAACUUAAGCCGCUGCAAGAUGUCGCCUAGUAAUAAAUUCUUCGUCAUUGCAAGUAUUUUGGAGCUGAAAUAUAAACUCUGGAGUCGACCCCAGCAAACUUUGAUGUCUGCGGGAGACGUUUCUUUAUAUGCAAAGAUCAGGGCAUGCACCAUGCAGGCAGGUGAUAUCAUGGUUGGGUUGAAAUAUAAACAAAAACUUUCUUGCAAUUACAGCGCCAACUGUAAUCUCUUCAAUACGAUACUUACUCUAAAAAUUAAAAGAACCCUUUUUGUCUCUAAAA